AUGCUACUAUAUAAAACUAGGACUCUGAAAAUAGCAGAUUUCGAUGUAGCCCGUGUUGAGGCGUCAAAUCCUAGUGACAUGACUGGAGAGACAGGAACACUUGGUUAUAUGGCCCCCGAGGAUACUCUUCUACCUCUCCCUACUCCUCCUCUCCCCUAUCCUCAAAAGAUUGUCGAAAACAAAUUGGAUGACCAAUUCUCCAAGUUUCUAGACACUAUUAGUAAGCUCUAUAUGUCAUUUUCUUUCACCGAGGCGCUUAAGCAAAUGCCACAUUAUUCUCGGUUCAUGAGAGACAUUUUGUGUGGAAAACAAACUUGUGGCCCCAAGGACACCGUGCAUCUCACAGAGAAUUUUAGUGCCUUUAUUUUGAGCCUGUUUCCCCUAAAGCUCAAGGAUCCCGGGAGUUUCUCGAUUCCUUGUAGCAUUCAAAACCUGAAAUUUGAUAACGCUCUUUGCGAUUUGGGGGCAAGCGUGAGCAUUUUGCCUUAUAAAAUCUAUAAGAAGCUUAAUCUUGGUGAUCUCACCCCUACCCUUAUGUCUUUGCAACUAGCCGAUCGCUUGGUUAUGUUCCCUUUGGGUAGAGUUGAUGAUGUUCCCCUUGUGAUACGGAAGUUAACUUUUCUUGGUGACUUCAUUGUCUUGGAUAUUGAUGAGGACGCCCACACCCCUAUUAUCUUAGGGAGGCCAUUCUUGGCCACGGCGGGUGCUCUCAUUGAUGUUCAAGGUGGUCUAUCACCUUGA